UAAAGCUUCUUUCUCUCCGGGGGUCCUCUCCUGGUUUGCCAGACCAGCCUCCGAUGCAAUUAACCCAGGAAGACGACUUCAUCAAGGGGGACUCAACGCCGACCACCGCCGCUCAGCAGCAGCCCGACGGCAGCGCAGCAUCUCUGGCCAACAUGUGCAGCGAGUGUUACGUGAACCAGUCAUUUGUGAACGAUGAUGGGACCGUGAACGAGCACAAGCCACGCUCUGCCCCAGCGCCACUCCAGACCAACAGCAAAAGCAGCGAGGUUAUCUUAGACAUUUCCACCCUCAGGAUGGAGCAGCUGGAGAGCGAGGUGCCGCCGCUGCCACUGCGGUUCCGCUUCCGGGACCUGCUGCUCGGGGACCAGAGCUUCCAGAACGAUGACAGGGUGCAGGUCGAGUUUUAUGUUAAUGAAAACACCUUCAAGGAGCAACUGAAGCUUUUCUUCAUCAAAAACCAAAGAUCGAGCCUCAGGAUCCGAGUAUUCAACUUCUCCCUGAAGCUGCUCACAUGUCUGCUGUACAUCAUCAGAGUGGUCACGGACAACCCCGGUCAGGGCGCCAGCCACAGCGCGGGUCAGCAGAACUGGAACGGAUCAGUGCAGGACAGAGAGAUUAACUGGGAGCUGAUCUUCUGGGUGGACAGAAAGGUUCCUGUCUGGGCCAUUCAAGUGAUUGUGGCCAUCAUAAGUUUCUUGGAGACUAUGUUACUCAUGUAUCUGAGCUACAAGGGAAACAUUUGGGAGCAGAUAUUCCAGGUGUCCUUCCUUCUGGAGAUGAUCAACACAGUCCCCUUCAUCAUUACAAUCUUCUGGCCCUCCAUACGGAACAUCUUCAUCCCGGUGUUCCUCAACUGCUGGCUCGCCAAAUGUGCUCUGGAGAACAUGAUAAAUGAUGUGCACAGAGCCAUCCAGAGGACCAACUCAGCCAUGUUCAACCAGGUCCUUAUUCUCAUCUGCACUUUGCUCUGCCUGGUCUUCACUGGCACAUGUGGAAUCCAGCACCUGGAGCGUGCCGGCAAGAACCUCUCCCUCUUCAACUCCUUCUACUUCUGCAUCGUCACCUUCUCCACCGUGGGCUUCGGAGACGUCACCCCCCGCAUAUGGCCCUCCCAGCUGCUGGUGGUCAUAAUGAUCUGUGUGGCGCUGGUGGUGCUGCCUCUUCAGUUCGAGGAGCUGAUCUACCUGUGGAUGGAGAGACAGAAGUCUGGAGGGAAUUACAGCCGCCACAGGGCGCAGACAGAGAAGCAUGUCGUACUGUGCGUCAGCACGCUCAAAAUAGACCUGCUCAUGGAUUUUCUCAAUGAGUUCUAUGCUCAUCCAAGACUGCAGGAUUACUACGUGGUGAUCCUGUGCCCAAGUGAAAUGGAUCUCCAGGUGCGGAGAGUUCUGCAGAUCCCUCUGUGGUCGCAAAGAGUCAUCUACCUGCAAGGAUCAGUUCUCAAAGACCAGGAUCUGCUGAGAGCCAAGAUGGAUGAUGCUGAGGCUUGUUUCAUUCUAAGCAGUCGUAACGAGGUAGAUCGCAUGGCUGCGGACCAUCAGACCAUCCUGAGAGCCUGGGCCGUGAAGGACUUUGCUCCAAACUGUCCCCUGUAUGUCCAAAUACUCAAACCUGAGAAUAAGUUCCAUGUUAAAUUUGCAGAUCAUGUUGUGUGUGAGGAGGAGUUCAAAUACGCCAUGUUGGCUCUCAACUGUGUUUGUCCCGCCACCUCCACCUUGGUCACGCUCCUCGUCCACACCUCCCGUGGACGAGAAGGACAACAGUCUCCUGAGCAGUGGCAGAGGAUGUACGGCUGUUGUUCCGGCAACGAGGUCUACCACAUCCGACUGUGUGACAGCAAGUUCUUUGGAGAGUAUAACGGCAAAAGCUUCACAUAUGCCUCCUUUCAUGCUCACAAGAAGUAUGGCGUGUGUCUGAUUGGUAUAAAGAGGGAAGACAACAAGAGCAUCCUGCUGAACCCGGGCCCACGCCACAUAAUGGCUGCCACAGACACCUGCUACUACAUCAACAUCACCAAGGAGGAGAACUCAGCCUUCAUCUUUAACCAGGAGGAGAGGAAGGGCCGACCCGCCGGGGGAAUCUAUGACGGGCCCUCGCAGCUUCCUGUGCACAGCAUCAUUGCUAGCAUGGGCACUGUUGCCAUGGAUCUUCAGAAUACGAGUCCACCUGACACCUCGGGUGGUAAACUGGUUCCACCCACAGUAAAUGGUACAGGGGGCCGCCGGCCGAGCAUCGCUCCGGUCCAGGAGCUCGCCGACUCCUCCUCAAUCCUGCCGUGUGACCUCCUCGGUGACCAGUCAGAAGAUGACUCAGUCUUCACAGAUGAGAAAGACCAGUCAUCUGCUGAGUGUGUGAAAGGUUAUCCCCCCAACUCUCCGUACAUCGGGAGCUCGCCCACCUUGUGCCAUCUGUUGCCUGAAAAAGCCCCGUUCUGCUGCCUACGACUGGACCAGGGCUGCAGGCACAACAGUUUUGAGGAUGCUAAGGCGUAUGGUUUUAAAAACAAACUCAUCAUUGUGUCUGCUGAGACUGCAGGGAACGGCCUCUAUAACUUCAUAGUGCCUCUCAGAGCUUAUUACAGGCCCAGGAAAGAGCUCAACCCCAUCGUCUUGCUGCUGGACAACCCGCCAGAUAAUCACUUUCUGGAGGCCAUCAGCUGUUUCCCUAUGGUUUACUACAUGGCUGGGACCAUAGACAAUCUCGACAGCCUGCUGCAGUGUGGAAUCAUCUAUGCAGAUAAUUUGGUUGUUGUGGAUAAGGAGAGUACAAUGAGUGCAGAGGAGGACUACAUGGCUGAUGCCAAAACUAUCGUCAAUGUGCAGACGAUGUUCAGGUUGUUUCCCAGUCUCAGCAUCAUCACAGAGCUCACUCACCCGUCCAACAUGAGAUUCAUGCAGUUCCGAGCGAAGGACUGCUAUUCACUGGCUCUCUCCAAGCUGGAGAAGAAAGAACGCGAUAAAGGCUCUAACUUGGCCUUCAUGUUCCGACUCCCCUUCGCUGCAGGCAGAGUGUUCAGUAUCAGCAUGCUGGACACGCUGCUCUAUCAGUCUUUUGUGAAGGACUACAUGAUCCUUAUUGCGAGGCUGCUGCUGGGACUGGACACCACUCCAGGAUCAGGGUACCUCUGUGCUAUGAAGGUGAACGAGGAGGAUCUGUGGAUCAGCACCUAUGGCAGACUGUUUCAGAAACUCUGCUCCUCUAGUGCCGAAAUUCCCAUCGGGAUCUAUCGGACAGAAUCACACAUUUUCUCUUCGUCUGAGGUGAGAUCUCAGAGAGAGUCUCAGGUGUCAGUCAGUGUGGAUGACUGCGAGGACACCAAGGACAGGGUGGACGAGGCUCGCAGCAACGACCAGUCCGAUCACCCCCUGCUGAGGAAGAAGAGCAUGCAGUGGGCCCGGAGGCUCAGUAAGAGAAGCGGCAAGUGGCAGGGGGUGAGCCGGGACUCGAGCAGGGACCACGCUCAGCGCAUCGCCCAGCAGCGCCUCAACCUGUACAGACGGUCCGAGAGGGAGGAGCUGUCCGAGCUGGUCCGGAACCGCAUGAGGCACCUGGGCCUCCCCACCUCUGGAUAUGAUGAACAGAAUGAUCAUCAAAACACCCUCUCAUAUGUCCUGAUAAACCCGUCUCCUGACACCCGGCUGGAGCUCAAUGACGUCGUGUACCUGAUUCGUUCAGACCCUCUGGCCCACGUCCCUGAUGAACCCCCCGCCCACAGCAGCAGCCUGAAGGAGACACAUGAGACAGGCCUGGACACCAGAGAGGACACGCAGCUCUGAUAGCACGCUGACCUUCACCGGUACACUCUCUCCACUUCACCCCCCCGCACUGUUCAUGGGGGGGGGGGUCUGGUUGUGUCCACACAGGUCCUGGCUGACAGAGGACAACCUGUGGCAUAAUGUUUCUGCGCUGCAGUCUACAGCUGUAUUAUAUGAGUGCCUACUAUUCGGCAGAUGACGGUUUGACGUCAUCUGUGACAUUUUCAUGAGACACAGUAUGUAAGAGUGGUCAUUUCUGUGAAAGCUCGCUCCAGUGGACAGUCAGGGACGCGCUUGUUCUCAAACGAUUUAACUAUUUCAGUAAAAACUCUAUUUUCGCCAAACAAAAGAAUUAAGAUCACUGGACAACUCUUUAUUGGUUUCACUGUCAUUUCUCAAGAUAAUUAGACCUUUUCUCUUUGAUUGUUGCUCCCUCAGAAAAAGUGUAACCUUAACUCCUGAGGUUGCAAUUGGAUGAUUUUCCAUCUUAUCUUUACUUUUUGAGAUGACCAGAAACCACAUGAAUAUAUUCUUAACUUACGUUGACAACACUCUUACCUAUUUGCCAUCAAAACCCUCAACACAAUGUGACUUAAAUAAAAUGUGCAUUUAAAGCUUUUAUUUGAAGCUUACUUUUGUAGCUAAACUAGAGAAGUAAUAGUGGUAGCGUCUACGAACAAUGGUUUAUAUGUUUGCUGUCUGAGGUUGGAAGAGCUUAGUUCAAGCCUUUAACCGUUUCCCGUGCCACAUAUUCAGUAUUGUGCCAUAAAGGUUUUAAUUUGACUUUGUACUAUAGUAUAUUAGUAAUCAGAAAACCUCCUUUCACUUUCAGCACUGCUCAGUGAUUUGUGGCUGUGUGGGUGAGAUAUGUAUUUUUAAAAUGCUACAUCUUG